CUUUAACUCUGCAGUACUUUACCCUAACAGUGGUGAUCUCAUUGUUCGAUCAGAGAGAGUGAUGACGGAAUUGGAUGCUGCUGAGACAAAAAGGCAAAAAACGGAGCAUGUUGAAAUGGCGGAGGAAGCGUGCCUUUGCCUUUUUACUUCUAACAAGUUGUUCGUGAUCAAACUAAGCAAUUUAAAGAAACAAGAAGAUGAUGUCAAAGAUUGGACUUGUUUGCCUCCACCACCGUUCGAUUUCGAUUUGAAACUUCCAGACCCUGAUUUAUGUCCUUUCGAGUUGGACUCCAAGAUCUAUAUGGCGGUGUCCUGCCCUAGACCUCUCGGUGCGGAUUCCAACUCCUGGAACACCUACGAAUUCAAAUUUGAUGAGCGCAGAUUUUGGCCUGCGGAUGGUGUACCCGCCCCUCUUUAUGGGUCAUCCAUCGCAAACACGCCAGACUCAAGCGAUGUUUACUUCUGUAUAGAUCCACUGGCCAUAUAUCUUGGACUUUUUGUUCUUUAUCAUGAUUCUAGAGUUUGGAAACAGUUAAACCCUCCUCCGGACUACGAACGGGUAGGUGCCGAUCUUGUCGUGUUCGUCCUCCACAACACCGUCUUUGUUUCAUCGGACACGGGGAACGAGACAGACUCCUAUUUGGCCCACUUCGACCCCAUAACAGAGACUUGGAUAGUUGAGCCCGACGCUGAUAACAAUCUUUCGAAAUUCAUGAAUGGUAGGUACAUUUGCAGUAGUACUGAACUUGGCCCCUUUCGUGAUACUUAUCCCCCAAAAAUUUCUGUGCCCCUUCUGGGUCUCGGCAGCAGCAACAACUACACGGUUUGCCUUACGCAUGAUGAGUAUGGGGAGGAGUUUGAUGAACCACUUGUUAUCUCGGAGAAGGUGUUUGCCAUUUUGGUUAACUACCAGAAUGGCCGUGUCGCCUUAUAUCAAUACCUUGAUGUGUUUUUUGAGGGUAGUCAACCCAAGAUGGAAGAUGGGGCCAGAGUCAAUCUUGUUGACCUUGGCAACGGGAAGGUGUGUGCAAUACUCUUUGCGGAACUAGAGGAUUCCGGAGACAAAUUGUUGCUGUUCUUCUCAUUUUUCACACUGUCGUUGUCGAAGGACUUUGCAGCAUUGCAACUUGACAGCGGGGCUCCUCCCAUGGAGCGAGAUUUCUUGCAAGUAACUGUCCAUAAGAAGUGUGUCUACACCAUGGAGAACUCGAGGCUUGCUAAUGAUAUGCGCCACACCUUUGUUUGGCCACCUAUUAAGGGGGGAAGAUUUCACUAUACGACAGAUAUAUGAUAGUAACAUUUCUUGUUAUUUACUGUGGCUUUUUAUCCUCCUUUGUCCUUUUUAAUAGGAUUAUGAAUGAACAAUGAAUUAAAUAAUAAUGUCUUUGAGUAUUAUGAUCUUGCUUGAAUUAUGUCUAUAUUCUUUUUAG